AUGAUAAAAUUGUCAUUUCAAAUUUGUUGGAAGGAAACAUUCAUAAAUUUUGGGCUGCGUUUAUUUAAUCGUAGAUUAAAAGCACGAGAAAUGAGACUAUUGGAUGCUAUAGAUUGCUUUAGCAAUUUUAAUUCCCAUUUGGAAAAUGCCCUAAUUUGGUUAGUUGGGAUCGAUAAUACGCUGAAUAAAUUUCAUUCUUCCGUAAAAACAAGUAGCCGCGAUCCAAUUAUGAUCAAAUAUCAAGAAGAAAACUACCAAAACCUUCGUAAAGAAAUACAGGAUCACGAAUCAAUUAUGUCGCAAAUAAUUAAGGCAGGAAAUCGGGUUAAUCCUGAUCUAAAUGAGGAUGAGGAAAAGGUUUUGAAAGAUAAAAUUGUCAAAUUACAAGAUGAUUGGGCACGAUUACAGGAGGAUAUUAUCGACAUUGGUGUGAUUAUAGAAGAACAUUGCAGACAAUGGAAUGAGCUACAAAGUAAUUUACGCAAGUUAAACGAAUGGUUAUUACAAGUUAAUGAUGAAUUAGCUGCGGAAGAACCUCUGAAAGGAGAUCUGCAUGCUUUGCAACAACAAAAUGAGAAUUUACUGGAUAUUAGGUCUCGACUGGCAACACAUCAGCCUCUUGUCGAAGAAACGCUUGAAAGUGGUAGUUUAUAUGCAAAGAGUCAGGAUGAUAGAACUCAAGAAGAUCAGUAUGGUGAUAUUGAUCAACAACCUAUGGUUGAAUUGAAGGGAUUACUAGCAUUACUAGGUGAUAGAUGGAAUAGUGUUUCGAAACGUGCGGACGAUUGGCAGACUUUAUUGGAUAAAACUAUCCUUGAAUUUAAUGAGCUAACGUCAUUGAUGAGAGAAGCUGUUUCACAACUUCUUUCGUGUGAGAAAAAAAGAUUAUCAUGGGUCAGCCCUCGUGAUAUCAAUUCUGAAAAUCUAAGUUCUCAACUUCAAGAUCUCAAGUCAUUCAGGGAAUCAAUUCAAAAAAAUCGUCCUAAUAUCGAAAAUAUCAAACGGUUAUAUUUCUCGAUUGGCAAAAAAGGAAUUACCUUGAACAGAGUUAUUAUUGAUCAGUAUUCUGAUAUCAAUCGUCGCUGGGCCGAUUUAACCCGAAGUGAGCAAAUACGGAUUGAUGAACUCAAAGAAUUCCGAGAUACAACGACUGAAGUAUCUCAUCAUCAAUCGGAAGUUACCUCCAAGCCACCAUGGGAAAAAUCAUUAACCGUUAAUAAUGUACCGUACUAUGUUAAUCAUGAAAAGAAAGUCACACAAUGGGACCACCCGCAAAUGACUGAAAUUUAUGAUUUACUUGUCAACAACAAUUUCAUUAAGUAUGCCGCUUAUCGUACCGCUAUGAAACUAAGGAAAUUACAAAAAUGCUUAUUUUUAAAUUUCAUCGAGCUAAAUUCUUUAAAGACUGCCUUCCAAGAUUCUGGCCUCCGAUUUAAGAAUGAUGCCUACAUUGACAUUAACGAUAUUUAUAAGUUGUUGAAUAUCGUCUAUGAAAGAAUUAAUAAUAAGAAAUUUAGCAGGAAAAAAAUACCGCUAUACAAAGAUUUAGUCGUCAAUUGGUUAUUAAAUGUCUACGACGUGCCCAGAACUGGUAAAAUACGUAUCUUGUCGCUUAGAAUUGGCCUCGUAAUAUUAUGUAAUGCGCCGCUUGAAGAAAAAUACAGAUAUAUGUUCAAUCUUAUUGCCCGUCAUGAUGGCUGCACCGAUAAAGCGAGAUUAGGCCUAUUUCUUCACGAUUGUCUUCAGAUUCCACGACAGCUGGGCGAAGUUGCUGCAUUUGGAGGAAGUAAUAUCGAACCUAGUAUUCGUAGCUGUUUGGAAACGGGUAAUUCAGAGGAAUUUGUUGGCUCUGUUCAAUUCCUCGAUUGGAUGUUGGCUGAACCACAGUCUAUGGUUUGGCUUCCAGUCAUGCAUAGAAUAUCAGCAGCAGAAAAUGUCUCUCAUCAGACAAGAUGUAGUGUUUGCAAGACUGCUGCAUUUAAAGGAUUAAGAUAUCGUUGCUUGGAAUGUUUUAAUUUCGAUAUGUGUCAGGCAUGCUUUUUCAAAGGAGAGACCUGUAAAGGACAUAAAUCAUCUCAUCAAAUGCAAGAGUAUUGCUUGGAGUCUUCAACAGGCGAUGAUGCUAAGGAUUUCUUCAAAUUCGUUCGUAAUAAAUUGAAAACUAAGAGUAUGCGACGUCGUAGUCGUAAACUUGGUUAUCUACCUUUACAAUCUGUUGUUGAAGGGGAUAGUGUUGAAUCGCGACGCUCAAGUAAAAAUCGAUCAAGUAUUGAAACUGAUCGCCCUCUUCUUGCCAUGGCUGAAGAUGAAGAGGAAUUAUCAGCGGAAGCAGUUCGACUCAAAGAGGAUAAGAAUCGUUUAGAAAAGAAAAUGGCUAAAUUAGAGAUCUAUAAUAAGCAACUGGAAGGCCAGUUAAAGUUAUUAAAAAACAGUAUUAAUGAAACCGUAAGUUUCGAUUGUCGGAAACUUUUAAAUUCUGCCAAUGAAUCAAUUUUACCUAUAGUGUAA